AGAUGAGACAUCUCAAAAGAAAGAACUCCUCCCAGCUGCUGAGUAAGAGGGAGAGGACAGAGAGGAAGCCAGAAUUGCAGGAUGAGGUUGAAUAUGACAAGGAGUUUACACCUCACCAACAGCAUCACAAGGAAUUCAAAUUUAAUCUCUCCCGGAUUCCAGAAGGAGAGGCUGUCACCGCCGCUGAAUUCCGCAUCUACAAGGACUGUGUCAUGGGGAGUUUUAAAAAUCAAACUUUUCUUAUCAGCAUCUAUCAAGUUUUGCAAGAACAUGAGAACAGAGACUCUGAUCUGUUUUUGUUGGAUACCCGGGCAGUGUGGGCCUCGGAAGAAGGCUGGCUGGAGUUUGAUAUUACUGCCACCAGUAACAUGUGGGUGUUGAACCCUCAACACAACAUGGGACUCCAGCUUAGUGUGGUGACCAGGGAUGGUCUGAGUGUAAACCCAAGAGAAGCAGGUCUGAUAGGGCGAGAUGGCCCUUAUGACAAGCAGCCUUUCAUGGUGGCCUUUUUCAAAGUGAGUGAGGUCCAUGUCCGGACCACCAGGUCAGCCACAAACCGGCGCAGGCAGCAGAAUCGAAAUCGCUCCACUCAGUCUCAGGAUGUUUCCAGGGUGUCUGGUAUCACAGAUUACAACAGCAGCGACCUAAAAACAGCUUGCAGAAAGCAUGAGCUUUAUGUUAGCUUCCAAGACUUAGGAUGGCAGGACUGGAUAAUUGCACCAAAGGGUUAUGCAGCCAAUUACUGUGAUGGAGAAUGCUCUUUUCCACUCAAUGCGCACAUGAAUGCUACCAAUCAUGCCAUUGUGCAAACUUUGGUCCAUCUUAUGAAUCCUGAAUAUGUCCCCAAACCCUGUUGUGCACCCACCAAACUAAAUGCCAUCUCAGUUCUUUACUUUGACGAUAAUUCUAAUGUCAUUCUGAAAAAAUACAGGAAUAUGGUGGUAAGAGCUUGUGGGUGUCACUGACAUCUUCCACACAGACCCACUGAGUCACCUGGAACUCCUUGGUUACAUCUACUCGAUGUUGGAGAAACUCCAACAAACACUCUUGUGACACUCCCAAACCAAUACUUGUGCCUUAUGAGAGGAAACUGCAAGAGAACCUCACUGAUACCUACCUACUUUGUAACAGGAGAAAGUGUUGGAUUUGUCAAAAACAGAAUCUAUAAGAGUGGCCAUUCUGAUCUACAAAAUUUUGACUUGUGGAGUACAAAAGAAAAGUCUGCCCAUACAAGUUUUGUUGGCUUGGAUCAAGCUCUGUGCAGUCUUAAACUCCCUGGAAGAGCAGCAGAAACUUAACUAGCUGCUUGAUAUGCACUUCAGUGUUAAGAAACCACCAUCUGCUACAUGGAAACAGUGAGACUUGAAGACGCACAUACUAUAUUUAGGUUCACCAAGACAAAAAGCAAAGUGAUGUUGUCGUACUUUAGUGUUAGGACUGUGUUUUAUGCUGGAUAAUCUGAAUUUCUAAUUAAGGAUAGGAAGUGCCUUCCAUCUAAAAUUAUUGCAUCUCUGAUUGAACUCUUCCUAAAAUCUGGAAGAUGGGAAACAGCUGCUUCAAUUGUGUCAAAGCAAGCCCCUCAAACCAUGUGUCCUCCAACCACACAGUAAAGCAUAGACUUAAACUGUAUGUUCCGAGUCUGGCUGUACUAUGUAUUGCAUACAUAAAAAGAAUCCCAGACCCAACGUGAUCUUUUGAGUCAAAAGUUCAACUGGGGAAUUAUCUUGUAAACUUGUCUAGUGCCUUUUUUUUUAGGUUCUAUACCUCCUGAAACUGCUACGUCUGUCCCUUUUGUAUUGCAAUGACAUCCACUGCCUCUCACAUAUACCGCCAGGGUAUUUUUGUAUGAUUUUAGGUGCAAUUUAUCCCCUCAGCUGAAUAGCCACUCCAUUGCUGAAGGGGUAUUUUUUUGUAAGCUAUCUAUAGCAGAGGUUCCCAACCGGGUUGGCUGCCGGACCAAAAGUGACGGGCAUACCGAGGACUGGCAGCCAGCCCUUUUUUAUGCUAAGUAUAAAAAAGGGUUGGCUGCCGGUCUGCAGUACGCCCGUUACUUCCAGACUGCAGUUUGCCAGUCCCAGUUGCUUCCGGUCUGUGGUUUGCUGAUCCUUGAUCUAAAAAGGUUGGGAACCCAUGGAUCUACAGUAUUAUUUGGCCAAUCUCCCCAAACGUCACUCUGUAACAAAAAUCGCAUUGAAAAAGUUAGAUAUAUUCACAUUUUGGCUGUGCUCCAACUAUAGAAGUUUUAUGCCCAAAAUUUACAGUAACAGCUAGUUAUUUUUGAUCAAUAUUAACCCUGUAUUAAAUGCACUUACCUCUUAAGUCUUGCAUUUAAAAGAGGUGUUUUGUAAAUACAAGCUAUAAUUUAUUGCACUUGUCACUGUAUAUUCAUUGUGCUGUAUCAUUUAUAGAAAGACAGCUUUUUUUAAAAAAAGUUUUUAUUUAGAAAAUCUCAGUGUAAACAAUUGUACCACUUUGAUUUUAUACAAGAAACUCAUGAGGCAAAGGUUGGGCCACUCAUGAGAUUGUGCUUCACUAGAAAUGUUGUUUUGUUUAAUAUGGUUAAUAAAGGCUUCCUUUUAAGACAGAAGCGUACACUCUGAUCGAAUACAUCUGCCAUAUAAGACUGAGCUCUUAUUGUAAACUUUCCACCUGUACAUUUUUCAUUCUUGACAGAUAGCAUAAGGUGAAGUGUCAAAGGAGUAAUUUAGCGAUUAAAAAGGUGACUUUCACUGCUCCAUAUGAUGGACACAAAGUGUCUUGACUUAGUCAAGCGCUGCAUGUAGACACCUGUAACCGAGUUUCUGUACAUGUGGGAGGGCAGCAUUUAGCCCUUGAUUUGCAGCUGCACCUUUUUCCUGCAUUAAGUUCUUUGGCUUAUGUCUUAACAUAUGGAACAUCUUACAUCAGUAAUUUCAUUCAAGGCAACACAAUGGGAAAGGCUGUAGCAUUCAUAUGAGAAGAACAAUGACAUUUUGGAAGAGAUGCUUAAGGCUCAAAAGGAACUGGAAAAAUGUUGUCUCUCAGUAAUGAGAAUCAGAACUUGUCUACAACUGCUUAAAAACUAAAGCAUUGUUCCUACUACAUUAAGUAGUAAAAAAUAAGCAGCAGGAGGGGAGAUGAAUUCAAGAUCUUAGGGCAAGUGAGUUUAACAAAUAUGGUACAGAAACCAGAACUGUUUCUAAAUGCAUUUCUGCUUUUCUAGGAGAUGUCAUCAGCUCUAACCGAUCAAUUUUUCCUAAGGAAGUUAGUUACAAUAGUUCGUUCAUUUUAGCUCCAUGUAAAAAGAGCAUAAACUCAAGUCUCCAGCUAAACAGGAGUAUCCUGCUUGAACAGUUAUAAAAAUCCGCCUGAUAUACAUGUACACUAUGGCAUCAGUAAUAUUCAGGCACGUAUUAAAAGUACCAUUACUUUCAUUAUGGCUAGACCUCCCAGGAUGAGAGAAUAUUACCAGGAAAUGAGAAGGUAAUAAUGGCCUGGUAUCUUCCAAAUGUGUGUGUGUUUUCUUUCUCAACCUCCUAUAACUUUCCACUUCUUAAUCAGCAGCUAUAUUAAAACAAAUGAAGUUUUUAGAUUCAGUUGAAAAGGCAGUGUUUGUUAAUAUAGCUGUGGCUUUCACCUUUCUAGUAACGGUGGGAAGUUUGUAAGGGGUACUUGGGUAGCAAGCUUUUAGCCAAAUCCAACCUGAAGACAAAAAUAAUCUACCAGUUCCCUUAAUUUGAUUUUCCUCAUCUAUUUUAGUCUCAAAGAAAACCAUUUACACUUCAUCACAGGAAGACAGAAAUGCACUAAUACAACUGAUGCUAAAAAUAUUCUCCAAGUGGACAGUAACUAUUUGUUAAGAGUUUUCCUCAACAAACAUCACAAGAGUCAGUACAGUGGUUUUAAAGCGCGCGCACACGCACACACACACACACACACGGAAGAUACCACAGUUCAGUACAUUUUCCAAAAAAAAAAA